UUUGUUUAUUAAUUUGACAAGUGUUUGUGAGGAAUUACUUUUUAAAAAUGCAAAAUACGCAGACAGUGUUGGAUCUUGAUGGUACAACGAGAUCAGAUAGUUGUUGUGAAAAUGAUAAUCGUAAUGGUGGUGAUGAGGAAGAACGUGAUGAUAGACAUGAUAGAAUUAGACAUGUAUCAUCAAAUGGACAAGCAUUGUCAUUGUCACUUGAGGAUAGAGAGUUGUGGACGAGAUUUCAAACAAUUACUAAUGAAAUGAUUGUCACUAAAAAUGGCAGAAGAAUGUUUCCGGUUGUUAAAGUUGUUGCAAGGGGUUUAGAACCAUCUGCAAUGUAUACGUUACUUUUGGAGUUUGUACAAAUUGAUCCACACAGGUGGAAAUAUGUAAAUGGUGAAUGGGUACCAGGUGGAAAAGCCGAAGUAGCACCACCAAAUCCAAUAUAUUUUCACCCAGAAAGUCCAAAUUUUGGUGCUCACUGGAUGAAAGAGGCAGUGUCCUUUGCCAAAGUUAAAUUAACAAAUAAAUCAAAUGGAAAUGGACAAAUAAUGUUAAAUUCAUUGCACAAAUAUGAGCCACGUGUACAUCUUGUUCGUGUUGGUGCUGAAGAACAAAGAACAGUAUUGACAUAUAGAUUUCCAGAAACUCAAUUUAUUGCUGUGACUGCAUACCAAAAUGAAGAAGUUACAGGUUUAAAAAUAAAAUAUAAUCCAUUUGCAAAGGCUUUUCUUGAUGCCAAGGAACGACCGACGGAUCAACAAACUUAUCCACAAUAUACAAGUGCCUGGUUUUUACCACAACCUGGAAUGAGUUACGAUUAUGGUCCACCGUCGGCAAUAUCAGUAUCACAGUCACAAUCAUCAAAUCAACCGAGUAAUCACACCAACACCUGUACAAUAUCAUCAAGUCAUAAAAAUUCAUGCAGAACAACACCAUACACACUCAGGCAUAAAUACCUACAAGAAGAAGAAAAUGUAGAUCCUUACAAUACAGUACCAAUUCUUCAUUCAGCAUAUGUAACAACUGGUUGGUCACGAAGUCCCGAGCCAAUAUCAAUGAAUCCAAUACCCCAAGAAUGGCCAGCAUCACCAUUACCAUCACCAACAUCAUCAUCACCAUCUGGCUCAGCAUAUGUAUCACUUGGACGUCAUUCAUCAGUAAAUACACCAACAACAUCAUGUACAUUUUACAUACCACCAGUACCACCAUGUAAUUCAAGUCCUCAUGAUCAUAUUGUUGAAUCAUCAAGUUGGCUUCAUUCAACUGGAAUAACUGAUCAAUCACAAACAUCACAAUCAUAUUUAAAUUUAAAUUUACAUCUUCAUCAUCAAAUACCAAGUUAUUCACGUGCUCCAUCAUCACUAUCAGUACUUCAACAAGCUAGUAAUGAUAUUGUUGGUCCAAGUGUACUAUCAACUGGUCAUGAUUAUGGAAUAACAUAUCAUCAACAAAAUUCUGAGCAAGAACAUCAUCAACAACAGCAACAACAACAUCAUCAUCAUCAUCAUCAACAACACCAUCAUCAUCAUCAGUCACAAUUAAUACAAUUAACAUCACAAACUGAUGCACCAUCACCAGUUAAUUAUGAUACUAUUAAAAAUCAUCAUGAUAUAACUGGCUAUCAUGAGCAACGACAAAAUAAUAAUACUGAUACUCGAGGAGGAGUUGUUGUUGCUAUUGUUGAUGAUAAUGAUGAUGAUAAAAGAUAUGUUAACACUGUUAUUGAUCAUCGGCUUGCAGGACAACAUCAAAGAGACACAUCAACAACUCGUGAUGAUACACAAAGUGGAUGGACACCUUUAACACCUCCACCAGCAACACAAAAUACUAUCCUCUAAAAUUUUAAGCCCUCAAAUAUUAAUAUUAUCAAAAUUAUGGUGU